ACGGGACAUGGGCUGCUAUCACUGUGGCCAAAGAGGCCACAUUCGAACCCAGCGCCCCAAGCAAGGGGGGCUGACAGCUUAUCAACUGUUCAGGAGGGAGGAGGGUCUCAGGCCAACUCCUCCACAGAGCUGGAUGCUCCGGACAUCAGGUUUUCUGUUUACAGGGUGGGCGCAGGGCUGUCCCUGUGGAGCAAGUGCCUUGUUCCUCUGGAGGUGGAUGGGAGGAAAGUCUAUGGAUACUGGGACAUGGACGCUGAGAGCCGCGCGCCAGGCGGUGGAGUAGCAUGGGAGAGCCCUGGCCGAGGCAUGGGCAGCGCUGAGGAGCCGGAGAGCCUGCAGCUGCUCACACAGGAGGGGGCUGCCGAGGACGCGACGAGCGGCUCCCUCCAUCCCUCCCGCUGUGGGGCCGGCACGCUGGCCAUGAGGAACUGCUGCGGCACCGAGGCCAGCGGCACCGAGCCCGGCAGCCAAGGCAGCACAGAGAGACGAGCCCAGGCCCCCGCCAUGGCCCAGCCCUCCUCGCCGGAGCCUGCGGCUGGCGGCCGGGUCUCGGCUCUCAAGGGCCCCGGAGCGGGAGCAGGGCCGCUGGAAAAGGGGGCCGAGCGAACACCUCUGGCUGUGAGCUGCUUGGGACAGAAUGGCGAGCGGAGCUCGGGCCCCUUAGCGUGGCCCGACGGCUCCAUCAUCCCCCAGGGCCCUCCAGCGGGGGUGGGCGCUGCCGUGGCCAGCCCGGGGCCGUGCCUCAAGGGGCACAGCAAGGACCCGCCGAGCGCCCCGGCCGCUCUGAAACACGUUGCGUUUCUUGAACCAGCCAACACAGACCCUGAGCCAGACGGUGCCGGAGCCGCCGCGGUCAGUCCGGAGCUGGGUCCGGUGCCUCGCACGUGCCCGCAGGACCGAAGCCAAGAGCAGCCUGGGGCCUGCAAGGGAGCCGUGUCCCGUUGGAGCGUGGGAGCCCCCGGCGCAGCGCUGUUGUCCGAUGACGGCGUGGGCACACCCUGUGGAGACGCUGGUGGGAAAGCACCUGCGUCUCUGGCAGAGGCCAAGGCCCAGCUGGGACCCCCGGCUGCCCCACGGCCAGGGGGCAAUGGGGACAUGGCGCUUCCUUCUCCUCCGGAAGCGACCAAGGAGUCCACCCCGGGAACGGAAGCAGCGUCAGGCCCGGGAACAAGGCUGGAUGCAGGCUCGACCCCGUCAGCCCGAGCCAAGGAGACCAGUCCCCCUGCCCCUCUCUCCAUCCAGAAAACCGAGCCAGAGGCCCCCUCUGCUGCUGCUCCCAGCAAGUCAGGGGAGAGCCGGGCAGCUCCAGCUGAGGCCGAAGGGGGACCCGCCCCGCCCCAGAGCACUGCGGAGGGAAGCCCAGCUCAGGAGCUGCGACGAGCAACGGGGACGGAGGUGGGGCCUGGGGAGGAGGCCGCUCGGGAGCCCCGGACUGUGGAGCUGCUCUCCAAGACCUACUCGUUUGAGGUCACUCCUCCCCCACAGGACUCUGGGACUCAGGACACCGGGACACAGGUCGGCAGCCGAGUGUCGCUGGUGUCUGUGGCCAUCAGCCCCAUAAACCCCCCAGACGGGUCCUCGGCCUUCACCUUCCACAGCCGGGGCCAAGGCCCUUCGGGCCUGAAGAGCCCGGGCCCGGAGCUGAAGCCCUCCAAGAAGGACGCGGAGAUGCAGGUCUCCAUCCCAGUGGAGACCAGGUCUGUGGCCACGGGGCCCAUGACGCCGGUGGCCAAGUCUCCCCAGGCAUCCUACCCCGAGGUGCACGUGAAAGGGGCGCCGGAAGAGCCGCCCGAGCCCAUCCGGGAAGUCAGCUGGGACGAGAAGGGGAUGACGUGGGAGGUGUACGGCGCCGCCAUGGAGGUGGAGGUGCUGGGCAUGGCCAUCCAGAAGCACCUGGAGAAGCAGAUCGAGGAGCACGGCCGGCAGGUGGUGAUGACGCCGCAGAGCACCCGGGCCAGCUCCAUCAAGGGGGCGCCGCAGAAGGGGGAAGUCAAGCGGCCGCCCAGCAUGUUCCGGGCACUUCUGCAGAGCGUGCGCCGGCCCCGCUGCUGCUCCCGGGCCGGCCCCGCCGUGGAGUGAAGCAGCUGCUCGCGCCCUGGCGAGCUGGGAACGGCAGCCCAGCCCAGGUCGUGGGGUUUCUCAGGCAAUCCUGGGGGCUGGGGUCUUGCCCCUCUGGCCCCAGCCUCAGCAGCUCCAGGCACUUGGACCCCAUGGUCUCCUGCUCAUCCAGCCCAGACACUGGCCAGACUGCCCCUCCCCGAGCUGCACGCCUGGGCAGGGUGCGGCCUGCAGAGACUUCAGGCCCCAGCAUGCAGUGCUCACCCCAGCUAUGUCUGCUUUCAUUGAGAUGGAGCACUGCAUGCUGGGACACGUAGUCCCCACACACUGCACCUUGGUCUGCAGGAGGGAUUGGCUGCGAUCUGGGGUCAGGCUGCAGCUGACGCAGCCGUCCCUCUGCUGGGCAACAUCUGGGCACCCCUGGGUGGGGGCUGGGGUUUGUGCAGCGAAGCUCGUGAUGGGAAGGCCAGAAGAAAAGCGGAAGGGGUGGGGGUGGUUGCGGGCCAGCCCUCGGGAGCGUGUCUGGCAGGGGGCCGGCUCCUCGCCUUUCCCCCGGUCACAAGCUGAGUUUCCCAAAGCACAAAACAGCACGGCCCAGGUGCUAAGGUCUGGCUCCCCGGAUAGCGCCCAGUGCCCGGGGCUGAGCCCUGGCCGAGCCGGAGAGUCCUGCUGCCCCUUGUGCGUUCUGGGGAGACUCCAGCUUCCCGUCAGCCUGGGCAGCUGGAACCAGCCGCGCUCUGCCACCCUGCAAAGCUUCAGUCCUGCUCCCGCCCGAGCCAGGCUCCCUGGGGAGGUGGUGCAAGCUUUGCAGUCAGGCUGUGCCCUGCUAGCCGGGCUGGCCUGGGCUGGCUUUGCCGGUGCCGUGUAUCGGCCUGUGGUUUGGAGAGACAAACUCCAGCCUCGCUCCGGUUCCUGAGAGGCCCCCGGCUCUGCAGCGCAGCCCAGCUGCUGUCACCGACUCCCACCCUUGACUGAGCUCAGAGCUUUGCAGACGGGUGUCCUCCCCACACUGGCACGGGGAGGCAGCCUGUAGCCCUCUGCCCCAGCUCAGCCCCACCCUCCCCACACCGGAGCACCCGGGGGCCGGCGCCGCUGCGUGGUGCAUCCCUGCUGCAGGUUUAACAGCUCCUGGAACCUCCCCAGCUCUCCCCAGCCCACUGGCCGCUCCCGCCCGCUGCACAGGUGCUCAGUGGGCGUGCCAGGGCGGGGAGGCGUAGCUGCCCCCGCAGAUGGCACAGGCCCCGGCGGCAGAGCUCAGGCCGCCCAAUUGUCUCCUACCAAAGGGUUGUGAGUGGAGAAGCGCCGAGCCCUGGGCCCCCAGCGAGAGCCUCGGAGAGAACAGCUGGGUGGCAGGCCUUAGCCCUCGUGCCAGGGGAAUGGCACCUGCCCAGCACACGGAGCGGCGUCUGCCACCCCCACACCAGGAGGGGCAGGCUCCCAGCAACUGGGUUUCCAGGGGGGAGUUUCAGGAGGCCCCUGGGAGUCCAGCCCAAAACGAACCUGAACUCGUGGCUUACAGCCUACAGCUGGAGGGGCCAGUGGGGCUGGGCCGGGCCAGAGGGGCUAGUGCUGCUGGACCCAGUAACAGAUGCCUGGGCCCAGAGCUGCGAGUGGCGGCCCAGCUGGGUGGGGGCAGGGGCCCAGCCGGCUGCCUUUGUUCUCACGUUGUCAGUCAGUCAAGGCAGGUCCCUCCCGCUCCCCCUGGCUCAGCAGUGACCUGGCAGACGGGCCCUGGAAUCUGAGCUGGUUCUGACCCGGCAGCUCAGGCUCACGUGCUCCGUUCUCGGUGGGAUCCCAGCUCAUCACGCUCCCGCCACCAGCAGCCAGGUGCCCCAGUGGGCUCCACAGAGCGGGGGGUGCGUCUUGGGGUCCAGGCCCAGGUGCCAAGGCCACAAACCAAGCCAAUUGCCUGAGAAACCCAGACCACUGGGCAACGUUCAUGUCCUGUCUGGGAAUCCCUGUGGGUGCGUGUGGCUGUGGGUCCCUGCGUGUGCCGGUCCCUGUGUGGGCAUAUGAGGGUCCCUGCGUGUCUGUGUCUGUGUGUCCCUGCGUGUCUGUGUCUCUGCGUGUGCAUGUGUCUGGGUGUCCCUGCGUGUCUGUGUCUGGGUGUCCCUGCGUGUGUGUCCCUGCGUGUCUGUGUGUGCAUGUCACUGUGUGUGCGUGGGGGCGUGGCUGUGCGUGUCCCUGCAAGGGGGGGGGACACGGCCAUGCGCCCCUGAAGUCCACGUGGUUUUCAGACCACAAAGGGGUUUGUUGGCACUUUUCACGUUUGGGUUUUUCAGGGGAGAUUUUAUUGAACCGUGUUUGAAUUUUCAGGCUUUUUAAAGGACUCAUGUGGUGGCAUUUCCCCCCCAGAGCCGCUCACUCCGGUGGCGUGAGGAGCCGUUUCCUUUUCUUCCCUCUUCUACAAACUUCCUUCGUGGUGGGAUUUCGUGGUUUGUCUCUGGAAACAAAGCAGGCAGGCUGAGCCCAGCCGAGUGCUUGUGUGUGUGUGUGUGUGUGGGGGGGGAGUCACAGCUGCUAGGAC